AUGAGUGCACCACGAGUCGGGCGAGCAGCGCUGAAGAAGGCCAAGUUGCCUGCUUCUGCUUCUGCUUCCAAGCCAGCGCCUCGAUUCCCAGUAGCAGAUGGCACCGGACCCAAAACCCUACCUAAACGUGCCAACCAACACCUCAAGGACCCCCCUUCUACACCUCCGUCCGCCCCCGUAUCCCCCAGAAUCAUGACCAUCUUCGGCGUCAGCGCCCUCGCUCUCAGCACCUACAUCGGCUACCUCUACGCCUCCUAUCGUCGCGAAGUCACCCAAUCGCAAUCUCUCUCCGUCCCCCACGAUGUCUCCGACCGUUACAAUCACACCGCACGCACCUUCGACGCAGACGUCGAAAUGUCCGAGAAAGUCAUGCGCAUGGGCUCCAAGCGCGCAGACCUGAUCAGUCGCGCACGCGGCGAUGUCCUCGAAGUCAGCUGCGGUACGGGUCGAAACCUCCAGUAUUAUGAGCUCGGACAGCGGAGGGGACUCGAUAACAAGGGGCGUGUCGGUGUGCAUGGAUGCCGGUCCGUCACGUUUGUGGAUCUGAGUCCGGAGAUGGUGGAGAUUACGAAGGCCAAGUUCGCGAAACAAUUCCCGGAGCAUGAGGUGCCGGUGAACUUCGAGGUGCAGGAUGCGGCAGGUGUGUCUAGGCGUCCGGUUGAUCCGUCACGGAAGGGUGACGAGGGCUAUUAUGAUACGGUGGUGCAGACCAUGGGGCUUUGUUCGAUGCCAGAUCCGGUGGGCACGUUGCGCCAUCUGGGGACGGUUGUUGAGCCGAACAAGGGUGAGAUCUUGUUGUUGGAGCACGGGCGGUCGCAUUAUGAUUGGCUCAAUCGGAUCUUGGAUAAUUUGGCGUCGGCGCAUGCGGAUAGACAUGGGUGUUGGUGGAAUCGGGAUAUCGGGAAGAUUGUGCGGGAUAGUGGGUUGGAGGUGGUGGAAGAGAAGCGCUGGCAUUUUGGGACGACGUGGAAGUAUGUCUUGCGGCCGGCGAGGAGGGAGAAGUGA